AUGGAGAAAUCUGAGCAUCCUGUUGUGACAGGAGUCCCUGCUGGGAACUACACUGAAUUUCUGGACUCUGAGUUUCGCUACAUCCUCUUCCCCGUUGCCUACAGCAUCUUCUUCCUCGUGGGCUUCAUUGCCAACGUCUAUGUACUGUUUGUCCUGCGGUGUCUCCGACAAGCGAAAGCCAUGGGAGAAAUACGGAUCUACAUGACCAACCUGACCAUUGCUGACCUACUCUUUGUGUGCACCCUGCCCUUCUGGAUCAGUUAUUACAGCCGUCGAGGUGACUGGGUGUUCAGAGACUUCAUGUGCCUACUGACGGGCUCGCUGUUUUUCAUCAACACCUACGGCACCAUCCUCUUCCUGGGAGCCAUCAGCCUCAACCGGUACUGGGCGGUCACUCGGCCUCUGGACGCAGCCUCCUCGGACCACAGGCGCCGCGGGAUCAUCGUGUCCAUUGUUAUCUGGUUGUUCACCGUGUCGAUGGCCAUUCCAAACCUGACAUCCCCAGGAAUCAACGUAACAUCAGGCAAAACUCUGUGCUUUGAAGGUUACCACAAUGACACUGAUUACCAGAAGAGGAAAGUGGCUAUCUUUCAUUUCCUAAUAAUCCCAUUGUUUUUUGUUGUCUUUUUUCUCGUUGUUGUGUGCAACUUUCUCAUUGCUCGAGCCUUACUUUCUCAGCACACUCCAAAGACCAAGUUUCGUUCGGACACAGUCAUUUCAAAAAAGUCCAACAGGACCAUGUCAUCUUCAUCUAAAAGGCCUAGAGGGGUGAAACGGAGAGCUCUGCAGAUGCUCUUGGCAGUAGUGGGUGUAUUUGUUUUGUGUUUUCUGCCUCACCAUAUUGUUCAAGGCCCCUGGGUGCUGGCUGUGCUGCAGAUCACAGAGGGCUUGGGCCACGUGGGCUGGUACCAGGACACCCGCCAAAUGCUCAACGACGCACAUCAAAUAACUUGGGUCCUCAUGGGCCUCAACUGCGUUUUGGAUCCUGUCGUUUAUUUCUUUGCCACAAGGAAGUUUAGAAGAUUUAUCGUGAACCACUUUAAGAAGUUCUCAAGGGGGGAGGCCUGCUCUUACACAGCCAGCAUGCAGAUUUCAAUGGACAGCAGAAAUCAGAGCCAGAGACUCCAACAACCUGACGAGGAAUAA